CUGCUGCGCUCACUCUGAGGUUGACAGUGUCGUGCGGUAGUUUUUUGUGGUUUUGAUCGGAAGUCACGGCUCUGUAUAGUCCGGUAAACAUGAAAGCUUUCAGCCCUGUACGAUCCGUCCGGAAAACUAGCCUAACGGAGCAUAACCUGAGCAUCUCCCGGAGCAAAACGCCAGUGGAUGACCCCAUGAGCCUCCUGUACAACAUGAACGACUGCUACUCCAAGCUGAAGGAGCUGGUGCCCAGCAUCCCGCAGAACAAGAAGGUCAGCAAGAUGGAAAUCCUCCAGCAUGUCAUCGAUUACAUCCUGGACCUGCAGAUCGCCCUGGACUCUCACCCCAGCAUCGUCAGCCUGCACCACCCGAGGCUGUCCAGCCCUUCCUCCAACAGAAGCCCCCUGACCACCCUCAACACAGACAUCAGCAUCCUGACCCUGCAGGCGUCUGAUUUAUCAACAGAGUUCGUCACGAAUGACAGCAAAGCUCUUUGUCCUUAAGCAAAAUGGUGUUCACAUUGACUGUUUUUCUUUGCACAACAUGGCUACAAGACUUCUCUAUUUCAUUAUUUGAGUACGGCAUUUGUACAGAAGCUUGUGGAACAAGGGGAUUCAAUGUGGCUAUGAAGAGAGACUCGCAUCCAAUAUUUUUUAUUUUAUUUUUUGCCCUAAAUUUUUUUUUUUUAUUUUCUUUGCAUUCCCAGCCAAGCUUUGGACUGCUGUUUUUAGUUAUUUAUGAAAAAAUAAACUGAUAGACCUUUCCUAAGGCGGAAGGCUUAAUUCUUUACUUAUUCUCUCCUACAUGGGGAGUGGAACGUCGUACCACAAGGGAUUUGCCACUUUUACCAUCAGCUUUUUUUUUUUUUUUAAAGCCUUUUAUUAAAUAAAAAGGUUUGAAGCGCGGAGGCAACAAGAGCGGGAUAUCGGCUAUAGAGAUUUUAUCAGAUUGGACUCAAUGAUUACGUUGUAUAUAGAUAAUGAAGACGUUGUGAACUCUUUAUUCCAAGUCCCCCCCGUCCCCCCUCCUUACUCCCCCCUGUACAGUAGCAGAGAUGUCCGAUUUCUGCAAAUGUGUAAUGAGACUUAAUCAUGCUGAACUUUUUAUAAAAGUUUGGUUGUAAGCUUUUUAUACAAAAUAAAUCAAUGGUGUUUAUUGAAAUGA